CCGAUUUUUCAAUUAUAGCUAAAUUAACUAUGAACGACUUUACGGAAUUUUCCGAGUGCUUAUCACCACAUAAAGAACAUUCGAUAAUCGAUAAGCCCCCUUGCCAAAGACAAGGAUGUCCUAAUCGUUGUUCCGGACGAAAGGAUAUUUAUUGUACAGCUUGCGUCCAAAAUCCUUAUGUAACCGUUAAUCAAACACCACCACCGCCUGUGACUGUCAAUCAGACUCCUCCUCUACCUUCUGUGACUGUUAAUCAGACUCCUCCACCACCUGGGACUGUUAAUCAAACUCCUCCACCACUUUCUGUGACUGUUAAUCAGACUCCUCCACCUCCUGUGACUGUUAAUCAGACUCUAUCACCACCUUCCGUAACUGUUAAUCAGACUCCAACAAAUCCUUCCGUGACUGCUAAUCAGACUCCAGCAAAUCCUUCUGUGACUGUUAAUCAGACUCCAGCAAAUCCUCCCGUAACCGUUAACAAGACUGCGUCUCCUCCUAUGACUAUUAAUAAGACAUCAUCUUCACCUCUUGUGGUUGUUAAUCAGACACCAUCUCCUCCCCCUGAGUCUGUUAAUCAGACUGUUCUUCCUCCACCUAGCAAACCAACCUCAGAUCCUGUGAUUUAUAAGACUGAAAAGAAGUUAUUAGAACAAACUGAUCCAGAAUAUCUUGAUGUUCUUAAUUCCUUCCGUGUGGGACUUCCCGGUAAUAUUAUUUUGGGAAUAUUUAAAUUAAACUUCCCAAUUAAUCUCGUAAUAGCUCAUGAACAAUACAAAAAAAACAAUCAAACAAUGGCAAAUAUUAGAGGAUUUCAUGGAACUAAAUCUGUAUGCGGUCCUAAACGUUUCAUUUCAAAUCCAAAAGCUGCAUUUUGUAAAUCUGGUUGUGGUGCAUGUGGUAUUGCACAAAACGGAAACAAAAUUAAAUUUUCCGGUGAUGGACUAUUAUGGUUUGCAAACAAUUCGUCUGUUUCACUUUACUAUUGCAAUAAUGGAGGUACUCGUUAUAAUGUUGCCUCGGAAAAAACCAUGUUUGUUGUCGAUAUCAUUACUAGCCAGCCUGGGCCGGUUUAUACUCUUAAUGCUGAGGCAGCCGUGAUUCCAAAAUAUCUUAUCAUCUUUCAAUGA